GCCCCCCCCCUCCCCUUUUUCAAUUGCUCUACAUGUUGCUUGUCUAAGAAAGCAAGACUCUGCACAUCUGCAUGAUGGAAGUUGAUCCUCAGCUGACUCUCAGAUACACCGCAGAGGUUCUUUUUGAUUGAGGAGGGAGAGCGAGCAGAGUGCGAGUGUAACCAAUUUAUUAAGAGUAACAACUGCCGUCUUGCUUUUUGCCUCUAGUAAGAUGAGUAACAGAAAAACCUAAUACUUUCCUGGCUCCAGAUUACACAGCAGAGGAUCCACGGGACAAUUAGAAAUAUGAAAGAGGAUCUUUGAUAAAUCCAGGCUGGUUUGCUGUACAAUCAAGUUUCUUGUCAUCCACCUUUUGGGCUUAACAACUAUGCGAUUCAAUGGUGUCCUAAAAGAUGCAGUUGGUGGGGUGGGGAACAAUGAACAUUUUCUUUAGGACAUAAAGUGAAGGAGGAUCCCCUCCCCCCCGCCCCCUUCAAGGAUCUACACCAUCCUCCUCCCCCCAGCCGUGGAAUGAAUGGAAGCAACUCCGGGAUUUUGUUCUGCUCUUCGCCCUGGACUGUAGGAGUGAGGGGAUCUCUCUACGUACAUCCAUCUCUCCAUCCAUCCAUCUCCGGGAGGAUUUGAGCCGCUACAAUGUGCUUUCAGCCGCUUGCUGCUGCUGCUGCUGCCUGAUACUAUGCAACACGCAGAGAGAGGGUUUUGCAAAAAUGGAUUUGUUCGAUUUUAAAGGAUUUCUUCUCUAAUAAGGAUUGCAUUGCCCACAAAUAUGACUAAAUCUCCUGUUUGGUAAAUCUUCCUGCCCCCUCCCCUUUGGGCUCCCUCCUCCCACCCCUUCAGAGGAGCAAGCCCAGGGAGCUGAUGACGGACCCAUUAAUCCUUCCUUCCAUGCAUCAAAAGAACCCAAAGGUCUGGGAAACGUUGGGCUUGAAAUCCUACAGGAAAUGCUUCGACCGGCUUUUGGUUUUGUAUGAAACUGGUGAUUAGGGGGGGUUGUGCGAGCGAACCCCCUACUCAUUUGCCCCUGCCUCUUUCCUGGCCCCUUUUGAUGUGCUCUUUGCCAGGUGCUUGUCCUCCGGUCUCUCUCUCUCUGGCCCGUCGCCGCCAGUUAUGCAGACUCCCUGUCGUACUCAGCGGCUGCUGCUUUUGAUAUGAUUCAAAGAUGAGGGUGUUGAUGAUGAUGAUCGCUCUGGUGUGAUGGGGUUGAGACGGCGGUGAUUGUUUGGAGGCGAGGAGGAGAGAGAGGAAGGGCUGCUGCUGCUACCCUUCGCUGUGUGUGGGCUUCAGUUUUCCUACUCCAUCCUCUCCCCACCACUGGAAGUCCUCCCGUAUCUAAAUGGAAUUAGUGGAGAUCGAAGCCCCUUGUGUAAGGAACAGACAUGAUCCAUGGGCGCAGUUUGUUUCACAUUGUAGCAAGUCUAAUCAUCCUACAUCUGUCUGGGGCAACAAAAAAAGGAACAGAAAAGCAAACCACUUCAGAAGGGCAGAAACCAGUGCAGUGUGGAACUUGGACAAAAUAUGCAGAAGGAGGCAUCUUCACGUCUCCCAAUUACCCCAACAAGUAUCCUCCUGACAGAGAGUGCAUCUACAUUAUAGAAGCUGCCCCUAGACAAUGUAUUGAGCUACACUUUGAUGAAAAAUAUUCUGUAGAGCCUUCUUGGGAGUGUAAAUUUGAUCACAUUGAAGUGCGAGAUGGACCUUUUGGCUUUUCCCCAAUCAUUGGACGUUUCUGUGGACAGCAAAAUCCACCUAUGAUAAAAUCUAGUGGCAGAUUCCUGUGGAUUAAAUUUUUUGCUGAUGGUGAGCUGGAAUCUAUGGGUUUUUCUGCUCGAUAUAAUUUCACACCUGAUCCGGACUUUAAGGACCUGGGAGUUUUGAAACCAUUGCCAGGUUUCAUUUUUGUGGUAUUUUGUUAUUCAGUUUGUGAGUUUGAGAUGGGAGGACCUGAAGGAAUUGUGGAAUCUGUGCAAAUUGUGAAGGAAGGAAAAGCUUCUGAUACGGAGGCAGUUGACUGUAAAUGGUACAUCCGAGCACCACCACGAUCCAAGAUCUAUUUACGAUUCUUGGACUAUGAAAUGCAGAAUUCAAAUGAAUGCAAAAGGAAUUUUGUGGCUGUCUAUGACGGAAGUAGCUCGGUGGAGGAUUUAAAAGCUAAAUUUUGUAGCACUGUUGCUAAUGAUGUGAUGCUGCGUACAGGUCUUGGGGUAAUCCGCAUGUGGGCAGACGAAGGCAGUCGAAACAGCCGAUUCCAGAUGCUCUUCACAUCUUUCCAAGAACCCCCCUGUGAAGCCAACUCGUUUUUUUGCCAUAGUAAUAUGUGUAUUAAUAAUACAUUGGUCUGCAAUGGACUCCAGAACUGUGUGUAUCCUUGGGAUGAGAACCACUGUAAAGAAAAAAGAAAGGCUAACAUUUUGGACCAACUUACCAAUACCAGUGGGACUAUAAUUGGGGUGACCUCUUGCAUUGUGAUCAUCCUCCUUAUUAUCUCUGUUAUAGUACAGAUCAAACAACCUCGUAAAAAAUUUGUCCAAAGGAAAACAGACUUUGAUCAAACAGUAUUCCAGGAGGUGUUUGAGCCUCCUCAUUAUGAGUUAUGUACUCUUAGAGGGACAGGGGCUGCAGCUGACCUUGCAGAUGUUGCAGAUGACUUUGAAAAUUAUCAUAAACUGCGGAGAUCAUCUUCAAAAUGCAUUCAUGACCAUCACUGUGGAUCACAACUGUCUAGCACUAAGGGCAGCCGUAGUAACCUCAGCACAAGAGAUGCUCCUAUCUUGACAGAAAUACAACCCCAGCCUGUAAAGCCCCUCAUCCAGCCCAUGAACAGGAGAAAUAUCCUUGUCAUGAAGCAUAGCUACUCACAAGAUGCUGCAGAUGCGUCUGAGAUAGAUGAAAUUGAAGAGGUACCAACUACAAGUCACAGGCUGUCAAGGCAUGAUAAAUCUGUCCAGCGACUGCUUGAGAAUAGUGCGCUCCUGAGCGAUUUUGAACAUGCUACAAUGAAAUGUGAAACUAUGGACCAUGGAAACACCAGCUAGAGGUUUUAUGGACUCUCUGACCACCUUUUCUCAUAUCAUGAUAAAGUUCAGCAAACUGUAUUGAGUAAAAUUACUAGAUGGCAAUAAGACUCUAAUUAUCAUCAUUAUUAGUCAUUUUUCUUUUUCUUCUUUUUCCUCUUUUUCAAUUUGGUUAUGAAGUAAGAUACCCAAUUUCAGGAACAGUUUAUUGAAAUCAGGUAUUUAGCCAUUCAUAAUCACUUCAAUAGAAAUGUUUGUUGGAUAUGCAUCUAGCAAAAUGUCUGAAUUUGACCACUGAGAAAAUAAUCUGCAUGUAUGUUACUGAAUAUUUGAGUUGGCAAAAAAAA